CAGCUUGCGCUAAGCCAGCAACCUAAUCAGGUAUUCUAUCGAAAGUUGAAAGGCAAUGCUCCUCAGUUGUAAUUCGACAUCCGUUCAGUUCACACGCGAGUUACAUUGUGUAUUAGUGUCGGGAAUAAAUCGAAAGUUAUAUCGAAGAAAAAGACAUGAUUGUCGCCGAAGCUUGGAAAGCAAGCUACCUCUACUGGGUGUUCCCGGUCCUGAUCGUCGCUACGGUCUUCGCAAUCCUCGGUCUUUUCGGCGUGGUCUUCGCAAUCAGACUCUUCGCCAAAUACACCUGUGGCCAGUUCCGAAAGCCGACCAGAAUGGACGGAAAGACCGUUAUUGUCACGGGUUGUACCGGCGGUAUCGGGAAGGAGACUGCCAGAGAACUGGCUAAGAGAGGAGCCAGGGUCAUCAUGGCUUGCAGGAAUUUGGAGGCGGCUGAGAAAGUCAAAGCGGAAAUCAUCGAAGACACAAAGAACACUAAAGUCAUCGUCAAAAAACUGGACCUCAGUUCAUUCGCGUCCAUCCGCGAGUUCGCCGCCGAUAUCAACAAGACUGAGACCAAACUGGACGUCUUAGUUCACAACGCUGGAUACGCGGACACCUUCAAAAAGAGGAAAACCGUCGACGACAUCGAAAUGACCAUGGAGACGAACCAUUAUGGACCUUUCUUACUCACACAUCUUCUCAUUGACUUGUUGAAGAAAAGUGCUCCUUCAAGAAUCGUCGUAGUCGCUUCGUCUUUAUACCGUAUUGGUGCCUUCAACAUCGACAACCCGAACCCAGUGGAUACGCUCCCAGGGUACCUGUACUACGCUUCUAAAGAAGCAAACAUCCUCUUCACGAGAGAACUAGCGAGAAGACUCGAAGGGACAGGCGUGACCGUCAACUGCCUGCAUCCAGGUUUAAUCGAAUCUGGUAUCUGGAGCUCCGUGCCACCUCCAUUGAGCUGGAUGCUUUACCCCAUCAUCAAGUGUUUCUUCAAGAACCCCCAGCAAGGUUGCCAGACCACAGUCAUGUUGGCAGUUGACGAGAAAUUGGAGAAAGUUUCGGGAAAAUACUUUUCUGACUGCAGAGAGAGUUCACUGUCAAAUUCAGUCAGCAAUAUGACAAGAGCGAAAAAAGUCUGGGAAAUUUCUGAGAAAAUGGUCAAAUUGGGCGAAGAUGACCCUAGAAUUGAAGCGUAGAAGCAAAAGUUAAUAAUUAUGCAAUUAUUUAUUUUCUCAGUGCUAUAGCUA